CAUCUAGGUUCGACCCUAGGAACUUCAAUUUAAGCAGUCGAUGUUCAGUAUGACAGCAAGAAUCCGGCAAUAUUACAAGCAAACGAAUUCAUAAGCAAUAUAAAAUUCAAGUUUUUUUUGCCACAAAUGACGUUGUAUCAUUUCGGAAAUUGCCUAGCCUUGAGCUAUAUUCCAUUUUGGAUAGUCUACAAGUACUGCGGACUGUCAGAAUAUGGAGCAUUCUGGAAAUGUGUUCAGGCUGGUGGAGUAUAUGCAUUAACACAGCUAGGCAAAAUGCUUCUGUUAGCUACUUUUUUCCCUACUUCUGGAGAUUACUCACAGGAUGAUCCUGACAACUUCUCUCCUCUCCAGGAAUUGCUGAAGUGCACAGUUGAUUUGAUUGACCUGAUUGGUCUAAGUGUUGUUAUGUCGAGAAUAGCAGGAAAAGGCCACACAAAGGUGUUGAUUGCAGGGCUUGGUUGGGCUGGUGCUGAACUGGUUUUAAGUCGCCUGUUAGUCCUGUGGGUUGGAGCACGGGGAACCGAAUUUGACUGGAAAUACAUCCAGAAGAGCUUUGAAGCAAACAUUUCAAUUGUUCAUUUCCUUUCGGUGACUGCGUUAGUUUGGCUCUAUUCGCGUCAUGACUUGCCAAAACAACUAUUACCGGCAGUAGUCAUUCUGAUUGGAUUUCAUAGCUACAAAUCGGUGAUUUGCGAUAUGAUUUCACAUGUCAUGCACAUGUACUCUUGGUCACUCCUCGCAUUUAAAGCGGUGUUUUCUUUGACUAUGGCUCUGAUUGUUCUCCAUAUUUAUGGAGGUGUGGCCACAUUAGCCCUGGAAUUAAUGGCUGAUCAAGGAAUAUUUGAUCCAAUUGUUCCUUGGAUUGGAUCGAUCGUUACCGAGAAUAAAAACACCGUUGCCAAACUAUUGGCAGACAUAAAGCCGGUGCUCAACAAGGAAGCCAUACAAAUUGUAGAUGCGGAAGCCGAUACGGCUCUCGUCGAAGAAGAUGAUUCCAACAAAUCAUUGGGUUCUAAUGAAGUAGUAAUCCACGUAGUUGACGAUGUCAGAGGGGGCCAAAAAGACUUCUCCUUACCAGCGAAUAUAUUGCUAGAGAAGAUGCCUUACUUCGCAAAAGCCACUAGAGGUCAACUGCUGUCUGACGUCGACAUCACUGUUCAUUGCGAUGUACACAUUUUUGAAUGGUUGACUAGAUGGAUGAAUUCGAUGAACCACCCACCUGCGCUUGAGCCAUCAAAUGUGGUACCAGUUUUGCUUUCCGCAGCAUUCCUGGAAACGGAAACGCUGGUGGAGGAAUGCUUAAAUUUUUGUCACAACCAAACUAAUCAAAUAUUAGACGCGAAACAAAGCUUCAGCUGUCUCAGCGAUCAGCUCAUUGAAAAGCUUGCUGCAAAAUUUACCGCUUCUGAAGUGGAACAACUGGGCCAUCAGAGAUCUUCGCUUCAAGCUAGACUGUACGCAUUUUUCAUUGUCGAUCUCUGUUCGACAAAAACCAACCCAAAAAGAGGAAUAUUUAAAACGGCUGCCACUCUGUUUCAAUGUGUUCUCUGUGGCGGUUUACUUACUGAAGAAGUUCAGUCAAAAGUACCAUGCACUGCUGGCAGGGUCAUUUUAACAAAGACAGGCCAACUCGUUCACCGUCAUCAAAGAGAUCAGAAUUGGAAUCUUACCGAAUAUAUCCAGAAUCUGAAAAUAUCGCUAAAGACAUGGCGUCGAGUUUAUUGGAGACUUUGGUCUCAAACACAUUUUCUUGAGUGUUCGAGUUGCUGCAUGCCGUUUGCUGCCACCGAUUUCAUGAAAUGCCUUUUUCAUCCUGAGGGCAGUCAAUAUAUGGGGACCACGCGGAAUAAAGGGAAUUUUCAACCAAUCGGGAAGCAUACGUGUUGCCAGCAAGAAAUAUUGCGGUUUUCAACUGUUCCCAAUCAUCACGGAUGCCGGAUGAAAGAACACACUGUUUCAUGUGUGAACUUAGAGCAAAUUCAAGUGACGACUGUUUGCCGACAGUUUUCGGAGUUUAUUCACUUUGCAGGACCUCCUAAAGUUAACCAAUCUACCUGUGAUAAAGACGUACCGAAAGCACCUCGUCUACUGGGAACGGAAGAAGAUGUGGUGCCUCGUUUCACACUAGGGUUCCAGAGUCGUCCGCGAAGACAUUUAGUACCAUUACCGUGGCAGGCAGAUCAAUAUACCAACAAAGAUACCAAUCGACCGAAGACUGCAUGCAGCUCUCAAGACAGUGUGUCAACAACCGGUAGCGCUGAAUCGGACGAGAAAUUUCGGAAAAUAGUAAACGUGCUUGAUCCCCAUUCUCUUUGCUACGAAGAAGACGAAGAUAUGCAAGAAGAUGAAGUUGAAGAUCCGUCAGGUGUUUCUCCCAACAAGCCAGCGAAAGCGGCAGGAAGGGAUGGUUUAAAAAGAAUAAACUACCCACAAAUGCUUGGACGUCGAAAAUUCUCAUCACGCAGAGAAUACAAAAUUAAACCGCAACCCCAAGUAAAGGAAAUCGAUUUGCGUUGGAAUCCUUGUCUAUCGACCAAGACAAACCAAGACAGCCAACGUUACAUGGAGGAAGAAAUGUUUCGACGCAUUGUGAACCAAUUGGCACCGCCUCAAUGGCAGAAAGCCCGCUCGCCUGUGGGUGGUCUUUUCGCCAAAAUUCAUCGUAUUCUGCAGGAGAAGGCUCAGCGGGAGGCACGACGGGCAAAGAUGGCUCCGGCUGCUACAUCAAUCAGUGCUGCCAUGACCGCUGCCCUAGCCGCUCGUAAAUUUAAGGCGCAUCUCCAUUCAACGUCAAAUCUUACGUAG